GAUUUUGAGCGCGUUCCCUCCCGCCCUCAUGUUAUUUCAAACAUCUCCGCUCCGGCUACGCUCGCUCCCUCUCCCUCUCUCUCUGCGCCUAGUCACUGGCUGCUUCCAUGGCUUCUAAUGCAGAUGAUCUUUGGGCAGAAAUCGUCGCAUCCGAAGAAGGAGAACUCAAGCAGCAACUGCCCGAAGUUGGAGCGAUUUAUCAAAGAAGACGACCGCAUAACGCCAAUAACGUUGUUGACUUCGAGCGGAUCGAUUUUCCCAAAGAGAUUCGGGUGAGUUUGGCUGGUGCCACCAAGCGAGUUAGUUGGAAUCGUUCACUUUCUAUCAGAGGGAGGACAAGCAUUGCUGUCGGUGCUUGUGUAGAUAAUCAACUUCAACAGAGGCAAGCCAAAAGAAAAGGAAAACCAGCUCUUCCCAAGGCAAAAGUUGUACAACCUCUAAACUUUGUGAAGGAGAAGGAAUAUUUUCAAGAGGUUGAUGCAUUUGAGUUGUUGGAGGAGAGCCCUUCGCCCAAGCAUGCUGAUACAUGGGCCAUAGGCAAUCAAAAUGAUACUAUUCAGAUCCCUUAUUUGGCCUCAAGAUUGGAGAAAUGGUUAAUAUCUAGGAAGUUUAAGAACAGUUGUGGUCCUUCUAGCACUUUAUCCAAGAUACUAGAUACCCCGGCAGUGUGCUUGGAACCAAUAUAUGAUGAUAAUUUUGCUUCCUCAGAUUUCAAAACCCCAGAAAAAUCAUCCCUGAAAAACAACUCAGUUUCAUGUUAUGUAGUGUUUGUUUUACAACAUGGAGGUAAAGAUCUUGAAAGCUUUGUCCUCCAGGAUUUUGAUGAAGCACGGAGUUUGUUGGUUCAGGUUAUCAUUGGCUUAGCUGUGGCUGAAGCUGCAUAUGAGUUUGAACACCGUGACUUGCAUUGGGGGAACAUACUUCUCAGUCGAAAUGACUCUGCUUUCUUGCAAUUUACCCUUGAAGGGAAGCAAAUGGGUAUUAGAACAUUUGGGUUACAAGUAUUGAUAAUUGACUUUACUCUUUCAAGAAUCAACACUGGCCAAGAGAUACUCUUCCUGGACCUAUCUUCUGAUCCAUAUCUUUUUAAAGGUCCAAAAGGAGAUAAACAAUCAGAAACUUACUGGGAAGGAAGUUUCCCGCGGACAAAUGUACUUUGGUUAAUAUACUUGUUGGACAUAUUACUCCUCAAAAAAUCAUUUGAAUGUUCUUCAAGCAAUAAGAGAGAUUUGCGAUCAUUGAAGAAGCGUCUAGAGAAGUAUAAUUCUGCAAAAGAAGCAAUUUUUGAUCCUUUCUUCAGUGACUUGUUAGUUGAUUGUGCCUCGUGAAGAAAUGAAAUAGAAAAAAAGGUGGUAGCUUAUCAUAUGUAAGAUGGUCUCGUCUGUACAAUUUUACACCAUUCAGGUUGCAUAUUCAAUAAUUUCAUGGUAUUGCUACUCAAAAGUUCAAGCUCGUGAAGUUACUUAUGGGCUAUAACAUAUCUAGGAUGUUGGAAGGAGGAAGUCUAAUAUUUUAUUCCUGUUUCCGAGAAAGCUUUCUUAUCCUCAUUAAGCUUUCAUGGAGACGCUGAUUCAUGAACUGAAGCUGUGGAAUUCACAGUGGCUGAAACUUGUCCAGAUAAGCUAUCACUGAACUUAACAUUGACAAAGGCGUUAAAAGGAUAGGAAGUGGAAAUCAAGUAUUUUACUGCAAAAAUUUUCUAGAUCUUGUAAUAUUUUUCUUUUAUUUUUUCCACAUCUGCAAAUGUAAUUUGCUAAAGGAUUUUUGUGAUAGUUGAGAGAAAAGAGAGUACUCAUCUGUGUAUUUGCUGCUUAGAAUUCUUCAUUUAUUAAAUUUUCUGUUUCUUCAAAACAAAGCUUGAGAGAGGAUCUAUUAAUCCUCAUUUAA